AUGUCAAGUAUGAGGUCUAAUAAACUUGUUUUAUUUUUUGCAAUAUCUUGUCUUCUUCUUCAAGAGAAAUGCACCGGUGCUAGCGUGUGCAAAGAGAGUGAGAGAAAAGCACUACUUGAAUUUAAGCACAGCCUUCAAGCUAUGGAUUCGUCAGGCGACGGUGCCCUUGCUUUCUGGCUCAGUGAGGAGUGCUGCCUUUGGAAUGGCGUCUAUUGCAACAGCCUAGGAUACGUUGAAAUGCUCGAUUUUCGCUUCCGACCUUUUGUUGUAGCAGGUACAAUUAGCCCUUCACUGCUUAAACUACAUCAUUUGACUUCUUUAAAUUUCAGCAGUAAUGAUUUUAAUGGAAGUCUCAUCCCAGAGUUUUUUGGUUCUUUGAAAAACUUGAUAUUACUGGAUCUCUCUAAUGCUAAUUUUAGAGGUCCAAUUCCUUCUCUACUUGGAAAUCUUUCAAUGUUGGAGACUCUUAGAUUGGGUGGCAACGGUAGAGUUUUCAAUGUUGGAAAACUUGAGUGGCUUUCCCAUCUUUCUCGUUUGAAAGAGGUUGAUCUCCGUUUCACUAACCUGAGCAAUGCCAAUGAUUGGUCUCAAAUCAUUAACCAUCUUCCUUUGCUUCAAAAACUAAAUCUGAGAGAUUGUGAUCUUCCAAGCAUCUCAUCUUCUUCUGUUUCCCUUACCAACUCUUCUACAUCUCUCAACACUCUCGAUCUCUCUCAUAAUAAUCUCCCUUCUUCUGCCAUAUAUCCAUGGUUGUUUAAUGUUAGCAGCAACCUUGAAUCACUUGACCUCUCAAGUAACCAGUUGACAGGUCCAAUUCCAGAUGCUUUCGGGAACAUGAUGGCUAUUAAAGAACUUUAUUUGAGUGAUAAUCUUUUGAUAUUAGAUGAGAAUCAAGUUAGGGGAGAUUCCGUGUUGAAUGAAAUCGGAAAACUACCAGAUCUUAGGGUUCUAGAUCUUGGGUACAACCUUCUAAAUGGAUCCAUAAGCAAAAGCCUUGGGCAACUUUCCAACCUGAAAGUCUUGCGGCUUGCAGGGAAUUCUUUUGAUGGUGAUGUGAUUUCCGAAGCUCAUUUCUCAAAUUUCACCUAUUUACAGAAGUUGGAUUUAUCCUACACUUCUUUGACUUUGAAAUUCACCUACGGAUGGAUUCCUCCCUUCCAACCGAGUCAACUAUUGCUUUGCUCUUGCAAGUUAGGGCGUCGUUUCCCAAAUUGGAUUCAGACUCACGUCCUAAACCCUGACGUUGAUAUUUCUUCCAUAGAUUACCUUGAUAUUUCUGCUUCAGGAAUUUCGGAUUCUCUUCCCUACUGGUUUUGGGACAAAUUUCAGGGAUUAUCGUACAUAAACAUGUCUUUCAAUCAGAUCAGUGGUACUUUUCCAAAUAAAUCUAUCCACAUAAUCCAUCUAGAUCUAAGCUCUAAUAAUUUCUCAGGAGCAUUGCCACGUUUUUCUUUAGACUACUUUAUGGAUAUGGGGACCAUUAACCUUUCCAAAAACAAGUUUACUGGUUCAGUCUCUCCAAUUUGCAAUAUUACCGGUGAUGGUUUUUUGGCAUUGUUUGAUCUCUCAAAUAAUCUAUUUUCUGGAGUGGUUCCAGACUGUUUUGGAAGUUUCCCGUUUUUAACAGCUUUGAAUUUGGGUGAUAAUAGUUUCUCAGGCUCACUUCCCAGCUCCUUAGGAUCUCUGAUUUCUCUUGAAAUGCUAAGUUUACGUGGUAAUAAAUUCUCUGGAGAAUUACCUUCAUCUUUACAGAAUUCCUUCAAGGGAACCAGUUCAGGGGAAGGAUUCCCCAUCAACUUUGUGGAUUGA